AUGUCUAAGACGAGGCAUCUGGGGUUUCUGAUCACACCCAAAUCACAUAAAGCUCAUAUAUUCUCGCCACUUCUCGUCUGUGUCGAGACCAGCGCUGAGAUUUUGCAAUCUGGUGAUCGUCGCUGCCAUUACGCUCUCUCCAUGUUCAACCACAUUCACUAG